AUGGCCACAAACAGCGUGGUUACUGAAGCUAACAAGCCGGAACCCCGGGCAGCAACCGGGGAUGGAGACUCUUCUGUUCAAGUCAGGAUACUACAAGUCGCUGCCAAACAUGGUCCUGUCACAGCUGCAAGCAUCUCACAGAGCGGCUGUGUCUCAGCCCCACCUAAAGUCAUCCCCAGUGGCCAGCCUUCAACCUGUGCAGUGACAGUGUCAGGGCCUCGCACCUCACCUCCUUCUGUUAUGGUGGUUGCAAAUGCAGGAGUGAGUGCCAGUAACCAACAGACAACGAAACAGCCUCAGAACCAGGUGACCUCCGUGAAACAGGUUACAAUCACAGGAAGGACGGUGUUGAUAACUGUACCCAGAUCAGCAACCGCACAACCAGUCACUCCUCGACUGCCACAGGCCACCUCCCCACAUCUCCCAGCCAAUAUCCAGAUACCUCCAGGUAUGAUGCUGAUCCGCAGUGACAGUGGGCAGCUGAUGCUAGUAUCUCAGCAGGCUUUGGCUCAGGCUCAGCAGGGACAAAGACUUAUCAGUGGUCAACCCACCAGGAUACUUGCACCGCAGGUAUCUGCAGCAGCUGAAAGUAAAAGGAAUGAGAAUGUAACAGUGAUCAAGAUGACGCCUAGUUCCAGUUUUCAGCAAGCAGCACCAGUCCAGAAGACUGCUGUGGUCAUUGGUGUUGCCCCCAAACCAGCUCGAGUCCAGACGGUGAACGUUGUGUCUGAGCGAGGCAGCCAUGCCGGCACUCAGGCAGCAGGCGUUAAAAAGGAAUCAGCACCCACGUUUAGCAAGGAGACGCUGGAAAGUGUGAAGAAGUGCAAGAACUUCUUGGUAACGCUGAUCAAGCUGGCCUCCAGUGACUCCAGAUCUGUGAGCAUGGCUAACAAUGUCCAAGGACUGGUCAGGAGUCUGCUGGAAGGAAAACUGGAAGCAGAAGCGUUCACAGAGCAGCUCUAUGACACGUUGAAGUCGACUCCACAACCCUGCUUGGUGCCUUUUCUCAAGAAAAGUCUUCCUGCGGUGCGUUGCCUUACUGCAGACCCCCAGUUAUUCAUCCAAAAAGCUUCAGCUUCCAUACGCCCUCCCACAACACCGUCUUCCAGCAUAAAGCAGUCCAACACUGAGAUAGGAAAAACCCUCCAGAACAGGCAGCAGGUUUUCCAGACUCGAGGAGUGGCUCUGAGACCUGGCCUAACAACAUUAAUCCACUCCAGAAGUUGCAUAUCUAAGAAACCCACCACUCGGCACAUAGUGGGAUACUCGGGAAAAAACUUCUCAGGAGGUUUUUCAGUAAAGCAGCCCUUUGCUCAUGAGCCACCUAAUUCUACCAAAUUUGCAUUCAGAGACAGUUCAGGAUCUUACAAAGAAGAUGAUGAUAUUAAUGAUGUCACCUCCAUGGCUGGAGUCAACCUGAGAGAGGAGAACGCACAGAUCUUGACCAGCACGGUUGGCGCUGUGGUGCAGUCGUGUCAGGAUCAGCUGUUCCUGUCGACUCACCCGGUGCUCAGCAGAAUCCUUCACACAGGACAGGCUCUGGGAGUAACUGAUGUUGGUCCAGAUGUGGUUGCUUUGGUUUCUCAUGCUACUCAGGAGUUUCUUCGUGGGCUGUUGGAGAAACUCACUGUAAUGGCAGAACACCGCAAGACAACCCUGAAGCAGAACUCGUGGCACACCCAAGUCAGUGAUGUUCGUUCUCAGCUUCGCUUCCUCGAGGAAAUUGAGACCUUGCAGAAGAAGAAGAGAGAUGAGGAGGAGAGGGAGAGAUUGCUGCGUUUUGCCAGAAGUCGCUCUCACGCUGAAGAUCCAGAGUAUCAGCAGCUCAAGCAAAAAGCCAAAGAGUUGCAACAAAUAGAGGAAGCUCAGCUGCAGCAGAGAGAGGCCAACCUCGCUGCUCUGGCUGCCAUUGGCCCUCGCAGGAAGAGACCCCUGGAUCAGACCGACAGCCAGGUGUGUGUGCUGCCCAGACCAGGUGUUCACAGAGUGACCCGGGUGAUCCUGAAGGAUCUGCUGGUGUGUAUGGAGGAGGAACCCUUUCUGCGUCACUCUCUCACCCUCUAUGAAGCCAUGCUUUGA